AUGGGCCCUGGAAUGGCAGCGCACUCGGAGGGAGGCGCUCUCUAUGGGAUACCCCGCGACUUUCGUUCGCUGCAACCCGCUUCAGAGAGUACAGAGGCAGACGAAAAUAGCCCGGAUCCUCGCAGGAACUCUGUGUCGCCUUCUUCAUAUACCACUGAGACAUCCAUGGCCCUUCCAGUCAAGGACGAUUUUGUGAUUGGCAGGGAACUCACGGUGAGAGACUUAGCCAGUCCCAAGCGCAGCAGUCAGAAUGCGAGUCAGUCUGCCGACACGCAUCCCGAGCGCAGCACCUGCAGCGACAAAGAAGGUAGCAACGGCUUCACGUUUCAGCCGCCUGAAGCGCGUGAAGAUACGAAAGUCAUCUCUGAAGGAGAGGAGAGUAGCUCUGUGGCCCACAGCGUGCGAAACUACGCGCAGUCCCAUUGCGGCACUCCUCGAACCUUCAAGUCUGCCUUGCCAUCCGCCUGCGCGAUCGAUGUCGAGAGCGACGACGACGGAGUCGCUGUAUACAUCGACGUUGCCGAGGAUGACGACACGAGCGCAGCUUUGCUCAUCGAAGAGUACCGUGUGAGCGCAAAAAGUGCCGCCGAAAUCAGGGUUUCGAAAUCCAGAUGGGUGGAGAAAAUGCUUGAGAGACGGGACCGCAUUCUUGGCCCUGCAUUCGACGGUGAUGAGGCGGUAAAAGACAGCGGCAGGAGCAACAGCAGCACCCUUGGUGCUGAACGAAUGGAUGCCGCAGAGACCGCCGAUUGCGGUUCUGAACUGUUGCAGCGUAAGCUUGAGGCGUUCGCGGCAUGCAUGACUCCUGAAAUGCUGGACAGCAUAUAUCGUAGGAGGAAGGCGUGGAGCGCGCUGCCUUGCGACUCCCCAGCCUCAGACACAGCGGAGAGUUCGGAUGAUUUUUCCCAUGCGGCCUGCCGCGGGCAGGGGAGGCCAAAGGCCCUGCAGUCUGUCUCAAAGAGCCAAAGUCAGAGCGCAGAGGAUGCGCAUGCAUCCGAAUUUGUUCCACAGCCGCGGUCUGAGUCGCUUUCCGAGAGAACGGACGAGCUGGGUGAGGGCCCUGCGCUAGCUGCACUCAAUGCAUGGAGUCACUUCCUUCGGUACGCGAGAAUGACAUGCAGAGUUGUUCCGCCAAGGCCGAGAAUCGAACGUCACGAGGGGCUUGAAAGUGAUGAUGACGAUGAACAAGCGCCUCUGUACAUGUGUCGCCCGGGAUCAGUGCAGAGACCUUCCCCACUGAUCAGUCGUAGCUUGACUGAACACCUCAAAGCCUCGCACACCAUAUUUUUCAAGAGAUUUAGAAGGCAAUGCGCGACUGAGCCUCCCCACUGCGAGUGUGGCUCUGUUCCUGCCGCUGCCACUGAACAAGUGCAGCCGUGUGUUGCGCUAGAUGAUAGCCGGUGUCGUUCAGAGCCCGCAGCAGCGCGUGAAUCUUCGGCAGACGGCUGUGGUGUCUCUGCAGACACCAACGAUGGGGAUCCUGCGGUUCCCAAAGAAUGGAGUGCAGAGAUGGCAACCCAAGGCACGGAUGAUCCCUGUGCUGUCCCUUUGUAUACAAUCACUGACGAGGCCUCUGCCUUGUUCGGAGAUAUCAUGCGACUUGAAGACACCGCGCGCAUGCUAGAGGCUUCAUGCACUUUUCGCUUGGCAGCGGCUCCUUUUUCAAAGAUCCGCCGCCCAAGCUGGAAGAAGAGGGAAACUCCCAACACGCAGGAGCACAGCAAUCUCAAUGCUUCCCCUCAUAUGAAGAUAGUCUCUUCUCCUGCUUCUGCAGCACCACUUAAAUCCUCAGCGACGGUUACCGGCGCUCCUGAACAUAGGAGUGACUUUUUUACACCGGUGCCGGCCAGUGCUCACGAAACUUCGGCUGUAGAAUCAAGUCAGUUGGGGGCGAAUGCGUACGAGGGUGGGCCUCCAGAAGGGCCUUUAAAUCAGCAGGGGUUAGUGACAUCAACGCCCAAUGAUAGUGAAAUGCACGGCGACUCGCGAUUGUCUCCGGCUGGAAGGGAUCAGAGAACAGAAUUUCCAAUUAUCUACACUGUCCAGGCAGAUGAGGAUACUCUCGCUCUCAGUGGCUUGGACGCAGAGUACUGUGCACGCGUUGAGUUUGCAUCCCGGCGAGCGAAUAGGACCGCUGAGACUUUGAUCUGUAAGGAUUCAACGCAGGAAAGUGGGGACGCAGGGUACGACAGCACUUUAACUUCGAUGGCCGCUCAGAAGAGACGACGAAGAAUGCCAGUAGACGAGAAUGCAAUUUCGAGCGAAAACGAUUCAGAGAGCGAAUGCACUCCUCUGGACGAUGAUGCUUCUGGCGUGGGCUGUCCUUUAGAGGUUACAGAGGAAGGGGGUCAUGAUAGGUCUUUGAUGGCUGACAAGCUCCUGUUGGCGCAUCUGAUGCCGUAUCUCCCUCAGUUCGGUCCUUAG